AUGGGCCACACAGUCACCGCCUCUGCCAUCAGCGACCCCCCCACCUUCUCCUGGCAGUCCGGCCCCAUCCCCCUCAUCACCACCCCCGACUCCCAAACCUCAACCGAGGACCAAGACCAAUUCACCCACGCCGCGACCGAAAUGGCCCUGGUGCACAACUGCGUCAUCCGCGCCCUGAACUGCAUCUACAUCCAGUCCCCGCACGUCCCCGCCUCCGAACACACCAACUUCCUCUCCUUCAGCCUGGCCACACACACCGGUCUGACGCUGCACCACGACGGCGAGGAAUCCAUCUUCUUCCCCGAGCUGCAGAAACUCACGGGCGAGACAACACUCAUGCAGGACAACAUCGCCGGCCACCGCGCCUUCGAAGCCCCCUUUGCCGCCUGGGGCGCCUGGCUCAACACGUGUCUCGCAGGCACCACGCGCUUCUCCGCCGCCCGCAACACCGCGCUCAUGGACGCCUUCAUCCCCCCCCUCACAGCGCACCUGCACGACGAGAUCCCCACCCUCCUCGCCCUGCGCCGCUUCGGCGCCGCGCUCGAUCUCCAGGCCAUGUUCGCGCGCGAGGCGAAGACGGUCAUGGGCGGCAUGCGCAAACGCACCGUGCUGCCUGUGUUUCUGAGUAACCACGACCGCGCGUUCGAGGGCGGGAUGCAUGUUUUCCCCCCGCUGCCGGCGCCCGUGGUUUGGGUGCUGGGUAGUGUGUGUGGGAGGGUUAAGGCAGAGUGGUGGAAGUUUGGGGCGUGUGGGUUUGAUGGGGUGGCGAGGGAGGUGCGGUUUCGGGGGGAGUGA